CUCUCGGCUUCCGUACAUGUGUGCCAUCAUAGGAGUCUGAUGUCCAACACGUGAUGCAUCUAUGGGCAGAAAGUAUUUUCAGUCUCAAGACUCGGAAGAUGAGUUUGACAAAGACUUGCAGUCAGACGAUAACAAAAAGAAGAAGAACCAGGAGAUGUCUGUAGCUGAGUUGUACAUGCAGGCCUGCAAACUGCUGGGUGUAGUUCCAGCCUCUUACUUCAUUCGAAACCUUGAAUCUCCAACUAUGACACUCACCCACUACGGGCUUGGACCUAUAGGGUGCAAGGCUCUUGCUAUUGCUUUAGUGGCUGAUAUGCACAUUAACACUUUGGAACUAGCAGACAAUUACAUUCAAGCUGAAGGAGCCAAAUACAUUGUGGAGAUGCUGAGGGCCAAUCUCACCAUUCAGCACCUUGAUUUGUCCAACAACCACCUAAAAUCUGCAGGAGCUGAGUAUGUGGCUAAUAUGUUGCUGGGCAACAUUUCUUUAAAAUCUAUUAAACUUUCAGGAAAUAAGUUUAUCGAUGACGAUGCUAAACAUUUUGCAGAUGCCUUGUCAACCAACUCCAGGGUAAAAGAACUGGACCUCAGCCAUAAUGAGUUUUGUGGAAAAGGAGGAGAGUAUUUGGGCCAGCUGCUGGCAAACAAUGAAGGCCUAGAGGUGCUGGAUCUCAGCUGGAAUCAUUUGAGAAUGAAAGGAUCUGUGGCUUUUUCUGCUGGACUGAAGGUGAAUAUGAUGUUAAAACACCUUGACUUAUCAUAUAACGGUUUUGGGAAUGAGGGAGCUUUGGCUAUGGGAGAGGCCUUAAAGUUCAACAACACUCUGGUGCAUCUCAACCUCAACAACAACCGUUUAACCAAUGAGGGAGUCAGCAUGUUGUGCAGGGGUCUUGAAUAUAAUGACACACUCCGAAUACUGCUGCUGGCUUAUAACUCUUUAACAGUAGAGGGUGCACUGGCGCUGGUCAAUGUGGUGAAGAACACAGCUAAAACUGCCCUGGAGGAGAUCAACAUAUGUAAUGUACUGGUAACUGAGAACUUUGUGAAUCUGUUGGAGUUAACGUGUCAGGAGCAUCCAGGUCUGGAUGUGCAGUACGGAGGGGUGGGAGGCUUUAUUGCUAAGAAGCCACCAAAACGAGUUGAUCCAAUGAAAGUCAUCCAGGAUUAUCUGGACAACCGCAAGCUGCGCCUCUGGGAUUUCUUUCGGAAUAUUGACAAAGAUGGCACCAUGCAUGUCCCUGUUGCUGACUUCAGGAAGGCAGUUCAGCAAUCAAGCAUUCCUUUGGACCGAUACCAGAUUGAGGAGCUGAUCCAGAGACUUGAUCGUGACAGGACAGGAAUUGUAGACUACAGGGGACUGGCAGAUACAAGAAAGCAAAUGAUGAAAGAUCACCGCCGCCAGCUGAGAAAGUUUGAGUCCCGCCAGAAGAAAGAAAAGCAAAAGAGUGACCGCAUUCUCAAAACAUUCCAGACUGCUGUAGAGGCGGUCACACCUCGCAGCUCCAUGGUCAUUUCCCCUGGAGCUUUCAAAGAAGAGUCAAGUGGCCCUCAACCAUUUUCUGCCACCCCUCUCAGCUCUUGGCACCACAUUGUCAUGUCAAAUAGCAGUCGUUACUCUGUCACUAAUCUGAGCAGUGAACAUGUCCACCUGCCCAGGAUAGGCGGCACCUCGCCUUAUCGUCCCACCAGCUCUCCCACAAUGCGCUCCUACUCCCAACCCAACCUGCUGGCUGACUCCCCUCGCUCUGCGCCAGGCAAGCCUGUCUCUGCUCAGGGCAUUCGUUCUGAUCCAGAGAUGGACCACAGCAAAAUAAGCCCCACCCUUAACAGCCUGACCAGGUCCAGAUCUGCACUUCAUGCCAAGCAACCCGAGGGAAAAGUCAAAACCAAGAAAGUUAAGAAAAGAAAAACAAAGAAAAAUCCAAAUAAUGACUCAAAGAAUAAUACAAAACUGUCAAGUAACUUGAACUGUGUGUAA